CGUAUAUCGAGUGAUGGAUGCACUUGGGACUGGAGAACACUCGAGAAGCUAGCGUUGCUCUAGGCGAUAGCCGAGAACAACUUUUAUGCUUCUUUCAUGCUCUCCAAACUUCCCGUGAGCAUCCAUAACUCGAUAUCCGCACGCUAGGCAUGAACUAAAUCUUUAUCACUAUACAGACCGGUCCUAAGCCGGUAAAUGACUUAUCUAUUUUCCUCUCUCUUUUUCCUCUCUCUUUUUCCCUCUCACCCUCAAUCAUUUUUAGACCUUUUCCACAAACACAAUGAACCACGCUAAGGACCAAUCAGAUUGCAGGAUUCGUUACUGUGCCCUCUUAUCACAUAUUUGAUGAAUAAAACAGUCCAAAGUCUGCAUUUUGUGCCUGGUCUGCAUUUCGUGCCUAGUCUGCAUUUUGUACCCAGUCUGCAGUCUGCAUUUUGUACCUAGCCUGUAUUUUGUACACGGUCUGCAGUCUGCAAACUUUGUACUGACUGCUUGCUAAACCAUCACGCAACGCACUUUGCGAUCGAAUGCUUUAUUCUGUGUAGUCUGCCCACAAAAAUUUAUUUUUGAUACGAGUUAUUUUUCUCUGAGCGCGUGAGAGCGGCCGCAACGCGUACGGGUUGACUUUCCCCAGGACCACCCCCUUAUGUUCCGGUUCGGGGUUUUUUUCAAAAACCCUGCGGUUAGUGCUGCUGCUAAUUGCGAUCGAUGAACUCCAAAAAAAAAAAAAAAAAAAAAGACAAAAUAGAGGGUGUGUGGAGAGACUAUAUUCUGGGAUACAGAUCCUUCUUGCAACCACGAGCAACAACCGCCACCUACUGGCACACUCACACUGUAACGCAAUCAUUUGCCGUGACGCGAACUCUAUCCCAGUCUUUUUGGGCGGGGAGGAUUUGAGACGAGACAUCUGGAGACAUUAUUCUAUUCCCGGGAGAGGGAUCAAGAAGAAAAUGUCUGUUUCUAAUAUAACGGCAAGGUAUCAUUGUAAGACUAAACUUGCUACCUAACGCCAUGUUUAAACGACCUUAACUUGGCGAUCAAAGUGUAGUUCAAAGAGUGAGCCCGAUACCAUGUGCGAAUGAUAGAAACGUAUUAAGCUUGCUUUAGUUUGAGACUUGUUUACACCGUUUGUGCUUGCUCAGCUAAUCAUGAUGGACGAAUUUGAAACGAUAAAUCUCGACACUCAAGAGUGCAAGAUUUGUAAGCAGCAAACUGGAGAAGAGCUGAUCUCUUGUAUUUUGCAUGAGAUGUUUUCGAGCCCCGGAUCCCAGUCCAGUACAUCUUCGACUGGAGUCGAGGCCUUCGCGCAUCGAAUUUGUCUUGAAAGGUGGGAUGCGGUUAUGAAAAGCUCUUUUCAUCCCCAGCAAAAAAAGUCGUGGAAAGAUCGAAUAAUGGGCCUUAUUAAUGUUGGACAAACUUCAAACCAGGGUUCAGUAGAAACUUGGACCCCAACUGAUCAUUUGGAUCAUGCAGACGAACAAACUGAUCGACAGCUGCCAGGUAAUGCCCAACAGUCUGUGUUUACUGAGAGUAAAGAAGCUUAUCGUGUGGAAGUUGUCGAGAAUGAGCAUGGUCAGUGGCCAAAACGUAAAGUCCGUAUACGUUCCGUUGACUUGGAAGACAGCGAAGUUGACGACAAUGAACCUGUUGCAGCUGUGUCUAUCUCAAGGGAACGAAACUUUAUUCGGCACACAAGGUCGACAUUGUUGCAUUGUGAUUUGACCCAGCUGAAGGAGUUUAUUGAGGAUCUCAUAUUGAAAAUUAACAAAGUGUCAUCAGAUCUUGUAAUUCAGCUUCAAGAAAAAGACAGUCUUCUCCUUCAGAAACACACCAUGAAGGUUACUGUGGGACAACUGAUCAAUCUUCAGUCCAAUGUCAAGACAGCAGGUGCACAAAAUGUAUCAAGACCUACAAACUCCAGAAGAACCUUUGACGAUAUGCUGCCUUAUACAUAGUGCCUUGUACAUAUAUGUAGUUAGUUUAAGAGUCAGCUGUUCAAAAAGCUCAGCCCCUUGGAUUGUGGCAUUCUUAAGGUAAAGGUCUUACUAUCAGCUCAGACAUAUUCCACAAGGCCUAAUAGGUCAAACCUAAUAGGUCAGACAUAUUUGGUCAGACUUAUAGGUCAGACUUAAUUGGUCAGAACUCAUAGGUCAGAGCUAAUAGGUCAGACCUAUUAGGAGAAAGAUACUUCACGUGUGAAACAUGAUUAUUAGCACACAACAGUAAUCAAUCUACAGCAGCUGUUGCCCUUUCUUGUGUUUGUUUUUUUGUUUUGUUUUUUUCUGAAAACCAGUUAAAAAGAGGGUAUAUCGAACAAGUAACUUAUUCCAAAUUUUCAGUUAUUUUCCUGCCAGCUGUACACACUUUUAGGACAUGCAGGGUGCUGUGUAUACAUUUCCCCAGAAGCCGAAUACUAUAUUUCUAAACGAAUUCAGAAAUGAAAUUUGUAGGAUUAGGAUUAGUUUUGUAGCAGUGCAAAUUGUAUAGUUUUGUUACUCGUGUUUUAAAAGGUUCAAUUGGAUUGUUCAAAAACAAUUGAUACUAUACUUGUGUAAAUAAGAUUAAUAUAGAAUAUAUGUUUCAUAAAAAAUAGUAAUAAUAAUAUUUUAUAUGUAUAUAUUUUACCUACCUUGCAAGCUUCUACUUUUUGAGUGUUUCUAUAUAUAUCUAUAUUUAUUUCUAUAUAGCUGUUGAGCAAAUUAAAUGCACAUGCAUGCCAGUA